UAGGACAAGACAUUAUCAUCACCAAACCCAAUAUAACGUUACUCUCUCCUCUCCUUUCCUCAGUUGGCCGUACUCUCCCACAACUGUACUUCAGUCUUCUCUCCACUCCACACACACACACACACACACUACAAACUCUACAAGACGAUAUCAAAUCUGGUCUUGCUCAAGACAAAGAAGAUUAUAUUCUCAGUUUUUUUAAGGAUAAAUUUCUUGUUAGUUUCCUCUUGUCUUCUGCAAUGGCUACCCUAAGUUCCGAAAUUCUCGAACCCCCUCACCCGGUUGAUUCGGCGAGGUCAGAAAUCGACACCUCCGCUCCUUUCGAGUCGGUUAAGGAGGCGGCGAACCGCUUUGGUGGAAUGGGUUUCUGGAAACCCGUUUCUCAUAAGCCUUCUUCUCAAUCUGAGCAUGAAGGAGAAGUAGUGAUUGAUGUUUUCACAUUAGAGGAACACGCUUCACAAUUGGAAAGAGAUCUCAUCGCUAAAGAAAGGGAAACACUCGACGUUCUGAAAGAACUCGAGACCACCAAAAAUUUCGUCGAAGAACUGAAAUUGAAGCUACAGCAAGAAUCUUCCGAAAUCAAUGCAGCAAUCAAAGAAACUUCACUAAUUACCAACAAUGGUGGUGGUGUAGACCUUUGCCCCUCAGCAGCUCCUGGUUUUAUCCUACUCGAGCUUAAGCAGGCUAAAUUGAACUUGACGAGAACCACAAACGACCUUGCCGAUAUUCGAGCCACAGUCGAUGUGUACAACAAGAGAAUCGAGAAGGAGAGACUGUCUCUCGAGAAGACACGUCAGAGGUUGUCUUCAAACACUUUGAAGAUUUCUUGUCUCGAAGAGGAGCUAAAUCAGGCAAGACACAAGCUCGAGGAGGUGAAAGACACAGCCGAAGUAGUAGUCCACGAUAGUUCUCGUGAUUCUUUCAACAUUACGAAGGAGCUAGAAAAACUAAGCUCGGAGACUGAACAAUUCAAGAAAGUCGGCGAGGCUGCAAGAUCGGAAGUCUUAAGAGCAAUGUCGGAAAUCGAAGAAACAAAGACUAAGAUUAGGACAGCUGAGAUUAGGUUGAUUGCUGCCAAGAAAAUGAAGGAAGCUGCACGAGCCUCUGAGGCAGUGGCGUUUGCGGAAAUAAAAGCCCUCUCAAACACCGGAAAGAAGCAAAAAUCACCCGAAGAUGUAGUAACUCUUUCCUUCGAGGAGUACUCUUCGUUAGUUUGUAAAGCUCGAGGGGCAGAGCAGGAAUGUAAGGCUAAAGUUGUGGAUGCGAUGCUACAAAUCGACGAAGCAAAUGUGUCGAAGAGUGAGAUACUGAAGAGUGUGGAAGAAGCAACGGAGGAGGUGAAGAUGAGCAAGAGGGCCUUGGAGGAAGCACUGAGCAGAGUGGAAAUAGCAAACACGGGUAAACUGGCUGUCGAGGAGGCUCUUCGAGUGUGGAGAUCCGAGCACGGGCAUAAACGAAGAUCCGUGCAGAACACGACUAAAUUCAAGAACUCGUCUCGUAUGCUUGACGUGAAUGGUUUGAAUCUUGCUGCUGGAGGUGAUGGGGUGAAGCCGGUUCUGAAAUCGACUCUGUCGAUCGGGCAAAUAUUGAGUAGGAAAUUGCUGCUGACGGAGGAGUACGAGAAUGGGGUGACGAAAACGGAGAAAACUAUUGGGAAACGAAAGGUUUCGUUGGGUCAAAUGCUGAGCAAACCUUCAAGCGGCGGUGAAAUACAUUCAAAUUCUUGUGCUAAGAAAUCUGGGAAAGAGAAUAACAGUGAAGUAGUUAUGCCUGUGAAGAGAAAGAAGUUUGGUUUUGGUAAGAUAUCUCUACUUGUGGCAAAACAGAGCAAGAAGAAGAACAAGAAGAAUUUAGCCUCAAAGUUGACAUGAAUCAUUCUCAACUAGUGUUUGUUUGUUUGUCUUGUGAUUUAGUUGUUUGAUUGAACUGACUUUUGUGUAUUUAGUUUGCAUAUUUGUUUGUUGUCUUAGAUAAGUGGGGUUUGUCUUAGGUUUGUUGGGAAAGACAAUGAAAAUGUAAUGUGUGUAUGCAUGGUUAUCAAAUCGUAAAUCGAAUCGAAAAUCGUUUUGUCAAAA